UCGACUCAGUCCCUGAAAUCAAUCAUCUUUCCCUCAUUCAUUCCGGUCGCGUUUCCAGAUCCCCACCGUACUCUCUCUCUCUCUCUCUCUCUCUCUCUCUCUCUCGCGUUUUGCCACUGACCUCCUUCUGGUUCACGCGUCUGAGAUAACUUUUUUUCUUUUGUCGGUAAGUGGACUGGGAAAAGCUGGUGGUGCUCACUGUUGCUGGCGGUUAGAUCUGGUACGAGAAUAUAAUCCAAUGGCGGUUGCAGCCCGGGGCCGGGGAUCUGGAGGCGGAUCAGCGUUUUCCGGCGGCCUCCGCAACUUCUUCACCUACCGGAUCUUCGUCUCCGCUAUGUUCACUCUGCUGUUCCUCGCCACUCUCUCCGUCCUCUUCACCUCCCACCCCGCCUCGUAUCACGACUCUGGCAUUACGACGACUGGAAAUGCAUACGUUCACCGGACGUUUUUGGCGCUGAAGUCAGAUCCGUUAAAGACUAGGUUAGAUUUGAUUAAUAAGCAGGCUAAUGAUCAUGUUGCACUUGUGAAUGCGUAUGCGGCCUAUGCAAGGAAGCUUAAGCUUGACAGUUCGAGGCAGCUUCGGAUGUUUGACGAUCUGGCACGAAAUUUCUCAGAACUCGUAUCCAAGCCAAGUUAUCAGUCGUCUUUGUUUGAGUCUGAUGGGCCAGUCGAUGAGGAUGUCUUAAGGCAGCUUGAGAAGGAGGUUAAGGAUAAAGUUAAGACUGCUAGAUUAAUUAUUGCUGAAGCAAAAGAAUCUUAUGACAAUCAGUUGAAGAUACAGAAAUUGAAGGAUACAAUAUUUGCAGUUAAUGAAUUACUCAUCAAGGCAAAAAAGAAUGGUGCAUUUGCUAGCAUAAUUGCUUCUAAAUCAACUCCAAAGAGUUUGCAUUGUCUUGCCAUGCGGCUCAUGGGGGAGAGAAUUGCACAUCCUGAGAGCUAUAAGGACGAUAAGCCCAAGCCCCAGUUUGAGGAUCCCACUUUGUACCAUUAUGCUAUCUUUUCUGAUAACUUGAUUGCAGUCUCUGUUGUAGUAAAUUCAAUAGUAAAGAAUGCAGAGGAACCAUCGAAACAUGUUAUUCACAUUGUCACCGACAAGAUGAAUCUUGUGGCAAUGAAGGUUUGGUUUAAGAGGAGGCCAUUAGAGGGGGGUGCCCAUGUUGAGGUGAAAUCGGUGGAGGAUUUCACAUUUUUGAAUUCCUCUUAUGCUCCAGUGCUCUGGCAACUUGAAUCUGUGAACAUGCAGAAGUUUUACUUAGAGAACAGGGAAGAAAAUGCCACUAAAGACGUGAAUAACAUGAAAUUUAGGAGUCCCAACUACUUGUCCAUGUUGAAUCACCUCCGAUUUUACUUGCCUGAGAUGUACCCAAAGCUACACCGGAUUGUUUUCCUUGACGAUGAUGUUGUGGUUCAGAAGGAUUUGACGGCCUUGUGGAAAAUUGAUAUGGAUGGGAAGGUAAAUGGGGCUGUUGAGACCUGCUUUGGGUCAUUCCAUCGUUAUGCUCAGUAUUUGAACUUCUCUAAUCCGCUAAUUAGGGAGAAGUUUAAUCCAAAGGCUUGUGCGUGGGCUUUUGGGAUGAAUAUAUUUGACCUUGAUGCUUGGAGGCGCGAGAGAUGCACUGAGCAAUAUCAUUAUUGGCAGAACUUGAAUGAGGAUCUCUCUCUGUGGAAAUUAGGGACACUUCCACCUGGACUAGUUACCUUCUACUCAACAACAAAAUCCUUGGACAAAUCAUGGCACGUCCUUGGACUUGGAUAUAAUCCUGGUGUUAGCAUGGAUGAGAUCAACAAUGCUGCUGUUAUUCAUUUCAAUGGAAACAUGAAACCUUGGCUGGACAUUGCUUUGAACCAAUUCAAGCAUCUAUGGACCAAAUACGUUGACUAUGAAAUGGAAUUUGUGCAAAUGUGCAAUUUUGGCCUCUAGAUAUGGAAGUCUCCUUCUAGUUAACAAUGAGUCCGCUGCGUUGAAAGGAUAUUUGUUUCAAGUCAAGUUCGCCUCAUGCACUGAGGUGCAGUUUAAAUCUCACAUGUUAUGACGAUCAAAUGUCUGAGGAUUAAACUAGUAAGUUUGCUAUUUUGUCUAAUAAAAAAUUCUUGUACA